AUUUCAGGGCCUCAGGCAAUGAAGAGCAACCAGACCAUCCUGAAGGAGCUUAUGCGCGUUGGCUUUUCUCUUUACCCACAAGUGCAGACAUUCCUCUUCUUCGACUUCUGGUGCCUCUACCUUCUCACUCUGGCAGGCAAUCUGACCAUCAUGGGUUUAACUUGGGUGGACAGAUCUCUCCACAUCCCGAUGUGUCUCUUCCUCAGUGCACUCUCCUUCUUUGAGACCUGCUAUACGCUGACCAUCAUCCCCAAGGUGCUCAAGGAUCUACAGGCUGAGAACAGGAGUAUUUCAGUCACAGGCUGUGGCUUGAAGAUGUACUUCUUGCUGGGACUUGGGGGCACGAACCGCAUCAUUCUCACUUUGAUGGGGUAUGACCGCUUCCUGGCCAUCCACAACCCCCUCAGAUACCCUCUUCUCAUGACCAACGCUGCCUGCGGACGACCUGUGGCCUCUGCUUGGGCAGGAGGAUUUUCUAUCUCCCUGGUAGAGACAGCGCUGAUCUUCAGGGUGUCUUUUCGCUUACCCAACCUCGUCAGACAUUUCUUCUGCCAUAUGCAGGCAGUAGUGAGGCUGUCCUGCAUGGACAGUGACCUCACAGAAUUCAUUGUAACAGCGAUGUCAGUGUGUCUGCUGGGUACUUUCCUGCUUAGCAUCUUGACGUAUGUGUUCAUCCUUUCCUCUAUUCUCAGGAUGUCUUCCUCUGAGGGUAAGCGGAAAGCAUUUUCCACCUGUGCCUCCCUCCUCACUGUGGUCAUCAUUCACUUUGGCUCUGCAUCUAUUGUCUAUCAGAAGCCAGGAGCCUCACAGAGAGUUGACGCUCUCAUAGCAGUCCCUUACACCAUCAUUAUUACCACUUUUCUUACUUUUCUCAGCCCUAUCAUAUUCGGUCUCAGGAAUAAAGACAUAAAGAAUGCUUUUAGAAAGAUCAUGAGAAAAAUAACAGCCUUGAAAAAAUAA